AUGGCGCUGAAGACGUAUAAAGAAAUGAAGGAGGCGUGGGUGACAGGUCACACCGGUAGCUCUGUCGCCGAUGUGAACAGCGUUUCCCUUGCCAUGCCUUUAAGCAUUCUGCUAUGGUCCGUACUACAACAACGACUUCGAUUGUUCAUUCCAUAUACGCCUGCAGCCUGCUUUGUCGACUUUCUCCUCAAUUGCGCCGCAACGCUCUGUGCCACGACCGUGUACUCCUCAUCGCCAUGGACCCUGAAUAUCCUGCUGCUAUUGCCAGCGGCGGGCCUCAUCGUUCUCGAACAGCCGGCGGUAGUCAAGCGAGAUGUAUCACGAUCGCUGAAGAAAGACAAAUCUGCAGAUACUAGGCUCGAUGAUUUACCAGUGAAGCCCUUCAUAACACAUUAUCGGGGUGCCAUGAUGGUUAUGACCUGUAUCGCUAUACUGGCUGUAGACUUCCCUGUCUUUCCACGGCGCUUUGCAAAAGUUGAAAACUGGGGUACAUCAUUGAUGGACAUGGGUGUAGGGUCAUUUGUCUUCACGGCUGGCGUGGUCUCUGCUCGAUCAGCACUCAAAGAGGGCUCUGGCAGAAGAUCACCGCUCUCCAAACGCUUGAUCAUAUCCUUUAGACAUGCCAUACCACUGCUCAUCCUUGGUAUCAUCCGAUUCGUUUCAGUGAAAGGCCUGGACUACGCCGAACAUGUCUCAGAGUACGGGGUACACUGGAACUUCUUCUUCACGCUCGGUUUUCUGCCUCCUUUUGCCGCUUUACUGCAAAGUGUUUUCAACCUUGUACCUUCCUAUAUGGUCCUCUCAUGCAUACUUGCAGGGCUGUAUGAGCUGGCUCUAGACAACACAUCUCUUGGCGCCUUCAUCCUGGUAGCACCGCGAACGGAUCUGUUCUCCAAGAACCGUGAAGGCAUCUUCUCCUUCAUCGGAUAUCUUGCCAUCUUUCUCGCUGGCCAGUCUCUGGGUUUAUCUGCUCUUCCUAGACAGCAGGCACUUCCUAAGGGGGCCCCAAUUCUGACAAAAUUGCGCCACACGGCACUCGGGCGAUUGGCCCUGAUCUCUACUGUCUGGACAGCUCUCUUCUAUGUCUCGACUAGCCACUAUGGUCUCCGGCUUUCUGUAUCUCGACGACUCGCCAAUCUUCCCUACUUCUUGUGGGUAUCAUCUUUCAACAGUUAUCAAAUCACUAUUGUCUGCGCUAUCGAGGCCCUUCUCUUUCCCAACAUCCACAAGGCUUCUAGCAGAGAAGAGGAAACACAGAGAGUCAGGGAUGCUACAAGCACGGUUCUGUACGCUUUUAAUCGCAAUGGUCUUGCGGUCUUCUUAGCUGCCAACCUCCUCACGGGUCUUGUCAACAUGACGAUGCCGACGCUUCACAUGGGCGUUUUGCAGUCGAUCGCCGUACUUGGUGCGUACAUCGCGACCGUCGCUGGUCUCGCUAUCGGCUUGGACAGGUUCAACAUUUCCAUAAAACUGUGA